CAGAGAGACAGAGACAGAGAGAUGUUCGAUGUGUGGAGUUCUGCUGUGGGAUGGUGGGACGAGUGGCAGCUGCGCAUCCUCGUCCUCGGCAGCCUCGGCAUUCAAUUGUUUCUGCUGGUGGCUGCCCCCAUGCGCAAGUACGGUCAGUACACCAUCCGGCGCUACUUCAUGCUAUGCAUACGGCUUGCAUACAUUAGCAGCGAUGCUCUGGCCAUCUAUGCGCUGGCUACCCUCUUCAACCGUCACGUCAGGGCGACCAGCGGCAGCAGUAGCUGUGAUGGCAUUGUGCACAACAAGGCCAAGAUCCUGGAGGUCCUAUGGGCUCCUGUCCUGCUCAUCCAUCUCGGCGGGCAGCAGGAGCUGACUGCCUACACCAUCGAAGACAACGAGCUGUGGGUAAAGCACACCGUGACCCUAGUGUCUCAGGUCGCGGUUGCCAUGUACGCCUUCUACAAGUCGUGGCCUAACUACAGCGACUGGAAGCUAUUGGCAUCAGCGAUCCUGCUCUUCGUCAUUGGGGUCGUCAGUUUAAGUGAGAAGCCAUGGGCCCUCAAGAAAGCCAGUAUUAAUAGAUUGGCGUCUGUGUCAGCGCCGAUACGAGGAACAAAGAAGCGUACAAGAUUGGCGGUGUACUUGGGCGAUCUUUUGUUCUCCGAUUGGUACAACUGCUCCACCACCAAGUCCGGCGACAAGAAGCAGCCGGAACUGGCGGCGGGUGAGGAGGACGAUAAUGUGGGCUUGUCGGAUGAAGAUAAAGUCUAUAUGGUGCUGUCGGACAUGUCGAUGUCAGCUGCUGCCGAUGACCUUGUACAGCGAGGCAGAGCUCGAAAUGUCCAGGAUGUUCUUCGGCCUCUGACUCUGAGCACCAAGGCGGAAAAGGAUAUGAAGCGCUGGCUGCUUGGUGCGUAUGGGCUCUUAUAUACCAGAGGUAAUUUGGUUUUCACUCCCACAUACCUGGUCUACCAUGUGCUUGUGGUGCCGAUCCUGCACAUCGCCGCCCUCACGCUGUUUGCGACGGGCGAAAGGAUGGGUACAACCGCACGGAUGUGAAGAUCACAUACGUCCUCCUGUG